AUGGAGUCAAGUCAAGCCGUGCCCCUCACAAAAUGACAGAUGAAGAACCUUCAAGCCGUCCUAAAAAGUGCAAAUUUCCAAAGCCAAGCAUCUCUGACUCCUGUAAAGUAACAUCUAUCAAACUACAUAUAACCCUCAUCUGGUCUGAACUCAAACAAACAAAAAAGAAGAAGGGUUAUUAACAGAAAUGGGAUUCCAUUGCAAGGACUUCAAAGAAGGAAAAUGCCAGGGGCAGAAAGUGGUGGAUGGUGAGACCAUGCCACUGGUGUUACAACCUCCAGAGCCUGACAAAGGAGACAUAGAUUCGCUUAUGUCGGCUCUUAAGAGGAACAAGGACUGGUUUGAGCAAAUGAUCAUCAAGAACAGUGCUGUUCUUCUUCGAGGUUUCGAUGUGAAGAAAGCUGAAGAUUUCAAUGAUAUAGUUGAAGCAGUUGGGUGGGAUGAUAUUCGAUACGUAGGGCCUGCUCCUCGCACUCACAUAUACAAGCGAGUAUGGACUGCCAACGAAGGACCACUCUCUCAGUUCAUAUACUACCACCACGAAAUGGUUUUGAUAAAUGAAUAUCCCAAGAAAGUAGUUCUGUUCUGUGAGAUACCGCCGCCAGAAGGAGGGCAGACGCCAUUUGUUCCAAGCUUCAAGGUCACUGAAAGGAUGCUGGAGGAGUUCCCAGAAGCAGUGGAGGAAAUCGAUAGAAAGGGAUUAAAGUACAGGUUCACAGCUCUAAGCAAAAACGACAAGUCCUCCAUGAGAGGCAGAGGUUGGGAGGAUGCUUUUGGGACGUCAGACAAAGCAGAGGCAGAAAGGAGGGCUAAAGCUCUAGGAAUGGAUGUGGAGUGGCUGCCGAAUGGUGGGGCGACGACAAUAAUUGGUCCUCGCUGGCUAACAAAGGUGUUUGAUGGAAGAAAAGGGAGGAGAAUGUGGUUUAACACUCUAGUUGGGAUGCAUGGAAAGGAACAGAGCUCUGCAUUGAUGGCAGAUGGAACCGAAAUACCAGAAAAUUUUGUGAAGAGAUGUGAAGAAAUCAUUGAAGAAGAGAGCAUCCAAUUUGAGUGGGAGAAGGGUGAUGUUCUUUUCCUUGAUAACUUGGCUUUGCUCCAUGGACGGAGGCCUUCUUUGCCUCCGAGGAAAGUCCUCGUUGCUACAUGCAAGUAGUUUGAUAUUUGAGUGCUCAAUUGCUAGAAAAUAGAAAUGCUUCGUCUCCCUACUGGGUUUUGUUGAUACUAUGUGCUUCGCACGUUUAUUGUAAUUUUUUUUUGGGCUGAAGCUAUCAAUGUUUGAAUUUGAACAUGAAACAUUAGAUUACUGGCAUUAAAAAAUCUGUUUCAAAGAUUUUUGUUUUUCUAUUGAUGUAUGGAGCUAAAUUUGAGACCAGCUACAGCUUGAUACAUAGAAGGCG